GCGAACAUAUGGAUAACCCCUGGAAAUAUGUUCGUGAAGACAUUUUGUUUAUCAUUUAUCAUUGGAUUGAUGUAAUUAAAUUCCUACUCGAUAAUAGCAUUCUCGGGAUACGUUUCAAUGCCCCUAAAGAUCCACAUAAGGGAAUUGAUGAACUCGAUUUAUCGUAUUGGAGUAAUUGGAAAAAAGAAGAAAGUCGUGACCCAAUGAUAAAUGUAGAAGAGCACAAUGAUGAAAGAUGGUUUUUUAUUAACGGUGUCAUGGUAAAUAACCAUUGGCUAGAUGAAAAUUGCAAACGUUUAGAAUCUCGUUUCAAUAGGGGUGUUAAAGGCAUUUUUAAUAGCAGUUAUG